AUGAAAGUGCGCAUGCGCUCAGGUCGGCUGACUGCUGUGUGUGGUCACAUGACGAGAAAGAAGCAGGAAGUAGUUCGCGGAGUUUGCAUCACCGGACAGAUGAGUGUGCGUGCGUUGUGGAUUAUUUCGCACGACAAGGGAGAAAAUGUGUCGAUACGCUUUUCAAGGAGGUUUGCGACUGUGGAGCACCGUGCAAAGCGCCUGGCUGGUUCCUCGUAUGUUGCAGUCCCAGACGAAAGCACUGUGCUGCAUCUCCUGCUCACUGAGCUGGGGCUGUCACACUCACAUAAGUCCUAUGUAGCUGUCAGAGAUGAUUGCCUUAAUUGUCCGCGAUCACCAGCUCUGGAGCUGCAUGCGGACGGUCCUGAUAAAGGAGUACUUUGGCCAGUGUUGGCCAUCUCACAGGGGCCUCUCAUCCUAGCUUGCCUGCCUCUCGUGGAUGCCCCUCCUGAGCCAAGACCCCCCCUUUCUAGCCUGUUGUCUGUCUCCCAGGGCCUCACACUUCUGUCGGGUCUGCAGGCUUUUCUCCUGUCCUCUGGAGGCAAAGCUGACGUUGAGGGGCUGGCCUCUCGUUUGGCCAUGCUGCCCUCUGUACUCUCGCAGAUUUGUCCCCUUGGCACACCCCUGGAUGUGCCGUUACUGGGGUCACCGGCUUCACCCACAGUGCCUGGGCCUGCUGGGAACCAGAAGCAGCCGGCCUGGAAGACAGGGCUCCAUCGAGGCAGAGCUGUGGUGAACGUAGCACUAGUAGAAACAGUUCGCUCCAUGCAGUACGGUAACCGCGGCAGACAGGACAUGUGGGAUGUUUAUGGCACUGUGACAUGCAAAUGUGAAGUAGAAGGUGUGCUCCCAAAUGUGACGGUGACCCUCACACUUCCACCAAAUGGUUCUCCACUACAGGACAUCCUGGUUCAUCCCUGUGUCACCUCACUGGACUCCAGCAUCCUCACUGCCAGCAGCGUAGAUAACUAUGAUGGCUCAGCUUUCUCAGGGCCUUAUAAGUUCCCCUUCUCUCCUCCUCUGGAGCCUUUCAGACUAUGCAGUUACACAUCUCAGGUUCCUGUUCCACCUAUCCUGGGUUUGUAUCAGCUGAAGGAAGAAGAAAACCAGCUGCGUGUUUCAGUGACCCUCAAGCUUCAUGAGAGUGUGAAGAACAGCUUUGAGUAUUGUGAAGCACACCUGCCAUUUUUUAACAGGGAUCAGAUGGGCGUUGUGGAUGUGAAGGUGAGCUCAGGACAACUGGAUAUUUCAAAGGAGAAGAACCUGCUGGUCUGGGGUCUGGGACAAAAGUUUCCUAAAUCACGAGAGGUCACAUUGGAAGGCAAGAUCAGCUUUUCUGGGCCAACGCCAGGACCCAAUGACCCCCUCUGCAUUGGACUCACAGCUUAUGUCAAAUUGUAUUUCAAAGUGCCUGACAUGACGCUCUCCGGAUGCUGUGUGGACCAGCAUUCAGUGCAAGUUUAUUCCUCUGCCAAACCACGGAUUGCAACAUCUCGUGAACUUCUAUCCAAAGAGUACUUCCUAUGGAAUUCCACAGGAACAGCUCCGGUAUCCUCAGGGCAAAUGAUGCUGUAGAAUCUACA